AUGAAGAGAAAUACGAACAGGCAGCGUCUAGAACAUGCUUUCGAUGUGGCAGAAACCGAACUUGGCAUAGCCAAGCUUCUGGACGCUGAAAACGUAGAAGUAGAUAAGCCAGACGAAAUGUCCAUCGCGACUUAUGUGGCGCAGUUCCUGCACAAGUACCCUGAACCUAAGGUAAGAUCCAAGAUGAUAAUAUUGCAU